AUGUCGCGUCGCAAGCGGCCGCAUGCGACGUUUGAGGCCGAUCUGUAUAAUGAAGCCGCUGUGCAUGUUGCUUUUGGCACUCCUUUGCCCCUCUUGGACCCAGACGUACGUGACGAUGGCUCCUACAUCCCUGUGUACAAGCAGGAAGUGAGGGAUGAUCGUGGACGGCGACGCCUUCACGGUGCUUUCACUGGAGGAUGGAGCGCUGGCUACUUCAACACUGUUGGAUCAAAAGAAGGCUGGACGCCAUCUACCUUCGUUUCGAGCCGCACUAACCGACGGAUGACCAACUUGGAUACAUCCCAUCACCGACCGGAAGACUAUAUGGACGAUGAAGAUCUUGCCGACGCCGCUGCCGCUCAACAGAUCCGGACCACUGAUCCAUUUGCUGCCCUUGGGGCUUCUGGUCAAGGCAGAUGCCAUCCCGCUGGGCUGGCCGGGCUGAUAAGAACACAGGGUGAUACUAUGGGUCUCAAGCUUCUGCGAAAAAUGGGCUGGAAGGAUGGACAAGGUAUUGGGCCAAAAGUACGCCGAAAAGCACGGCUGGACAUUUCUGCCAGCAACCAGUCUACCGCGUCUGAAGAAACCCAUCUGUUUGCUCCAGGAGACGUCGACAUGAUUACUUUUUCUCGUAAGGCCGACCGGCGAGGCUUGGGCUACCAAGGGGAAGCUCGACUCCCACAGAGCUCUGGAUCCGGUACAGAUCGAAUACACCGGAUCGGCUCGGGGGGGGUUGAUUUUGACGAGGAGGAAUACAGCUCCGCCAGCGGUCCUCGGCCUUCACCGGGCAUACCUGGCAAGAAACGGGGCCAAGCACAACACGGGGGCAUUGGUGUUGGAGUAUUAAACGACACCGGCUCUGACGAGGACGAUCCGUACGAAAUGGGUCCUCAUAUAUCAUAUAACCGAGUCCUGGGCGGUGACAAAGCGAAGAAGAAGAAGAAGCAGCCAGCGGCUAAGACUGUGUCAGCAAACCCAACGCUACGGGUCAAGCCAAUUUUCAUCUCUAAAUCCGGCCUAGUUGGGGAUCAUGUCCAGACAAAUUGUCUAGAUGGAAAACCACCGUUGAACGGCUUUGUCGCCGGCCACAUCUCGGAACCUCAUGUGUUCAGGCAGUCACUGUCCUCCUACCCUCCCCCAGAUAUCCCCCCUGGAUGGGUCUCAGUGAAGCGGCGUAUAGACACCGACAAAAGAACGGUGUACACGCCGGCAGCAGACGCUGCAAGAGCGGCUCAGCAUGAUCCCAGAACUCGAGCAGCUGCUCUAGGCGAAUCUACCCUCCCUGGAAAGUCUAUUUUUGACUACAUGUCAGCCGCUGCUCGCGAGCGACUGGCUGCGGCCUCUGGCAGAAAGAACCUUCCACCAGCCAAGGGAGAACUUUUGCCAGAACAUGCCAAGCCGUCUGAGCAAAGGCUGCAAGACAGGCUGCAGAGCAUACCUAGCUUGGCCAAAGAGACGGCCAUUGCAGCAAUGAGUCGGGGUGCAGGCGCCGGCGGACCUUAUGCAAACGAUGAAGCUAAACGCGCUCGUUAUCGACUCUACCUGCAAAGAGCGGCCGGUUUCGGUGGCACCUCUCUUGUAAAGCCCCCAGGCGUGACGAAUGAUGACUAUGUCAAGGAGAUCGAGGAGUUUUAUGAGUGCGCGCAGCUGUUCAAGCCCAUGACGGGAUUUAUGGCUACCCGAUUCACAACUGCCUCAACAGAGAGCACGGUACCUACUGGUUCGGGAUCCAGUUCGGACUCGAACGUACAGCAGAUUUCUAAACCAGCGGAUCCAGCCGAAGAGGCAGCCAAGAUGGGGAUGUACGGGCGUAUGACGAGAUUGACUGAAGAAUUCUUUCCAACAAGAUUGCUGUGCAAACGCUUCAACGUGCGGCCACCUGCUCAUACUCUGCUGGAUUCGAAUCCAGGCGCCCCCUCGGAGACCCGCGGCUUACACAAUGCACUACCUGCCAGGGUAGAUGCAACGAAACCGUCGUCUUCUUUCGGGGUGGUGACGCACGCAACGGGUGAUUUUUCGGGCCCCGAUGUAGCAAAGGUUCUAUCAAAGUCAACGGACGAAGUAUCCAAAGCCGGAUGCGAGAUCAUUGUUGAGGCCUCACGGCCCAGCGACGAGGUCUUCAAGGCCAUCUUUGGCGAUAGUAGUGACGAGGAUGAAUAA